AUGACGACCGUCAUGAACAGCACCAUGUCCUCAUCCUCUGCAACCGGCACCACCGACCAGAUAUCCGCCUACUUUAAUGUCCCCAGCCAAGAGCAACUCGUGCUCACUACGUCCAUCUUCCUCGUCGGCUACGUCGUCGGUCCGCUCAUCUUCGGCCCAUUGAGCGAGGCAUAUGGCAGGAAGAGCGUUAUGCUUUCCGCCUUUGCACUGUACACGAUAUUCACACUGGCUUGCGCAUUCGCUGACAAAUUCGCGAGCUUGGUAGUGCUCAGGCUGUUUGUGGGGAUUCCAGCCAGCUGUGCUGUCAGCGUGGUCGGAGGAAUAUGUGCGGACGUAUAUCACGAUCCGGUGGUCCGCGGCCGCGCAAUGGCCGUCUUCAUGACCAUCACUACAUUCGGACCGCUUCUCGGACCCGUAGUCUCGGGCUUCAUCUCGGUCGUCAGUUGGCGGUGGACGUAUUGGUUAGGUCUGAUUAUAGCCGUGGUGACUUGGGUUCCCCUACUCCUGAUGCCAGAGACCUAUCCGCCGGUCAUAUUGAAGCGCCGGGCUAAAAGACUGCGCAAAAUGCUACACGACCCAUCCAUUGUUGCGCCAAUCGAGCUGGAAAACCGCGGUCCUAGGUACAUCGUAACGGUAGUGCUGACUCGGCCGAUCAGGAUGAUCCUCUUCGAGCCACUCGUGCUCUUUUCGUGUGUUUAUCUUUCUUUUGUCUACACUGUGUUUUAUAUCUUCUUCCAAGCCUACCCCAUAAUGUACCGAGAGACCUACGGCUUCAGCGCCGGCGAAGAAGGCCUCACGUUCCUGCCCAUCGGCAUCGGCUCGAUAAUCGCCUGCCUAAUCUACCUCCUCUACGACAGCAUGCUAGCACGAGCACGGCAGCGCAACGCACCCUGGACGCAGCGAGAAGAAGCACAGCGGCUGCCAUUGGCCUGCCUCGCAGGGCCGUUUAUCGUGCUCUCGCUGUUCUGGGCGGGCUGGACAGCGCGCCGCAGUAUCCACUGGCUAGUGCCGGUGCUGGCGGGCGUACCCUUCGGUAUCGGGUACUUGCUGAUCUUCAUGGCGCUGCUGAACUACCUGACGGACGCGUAUGCCGUGUUCGCUGCCUCGGCCAUGGCGGCCACGGGCACUACGCGCAGCGUCUUUGGCGCCACGCUACCGUUUGCGACCCGCUUGAUGUAUGCGCGCUUGGGCGUGCCCUGGGCUUGCAGUCUGCUGGGCUGCGUUAUGCUCCUGCUUUGUGUUGUCCCGUUUGGGUUUUGGGUCUGGGGUGAGCAGAUUCGUGCUCGGAGCGCUUUUUGUAAUGAGUUGAGGGAGCGGCAGAGGAGGUGUGAGGAGGCGGCGAGGGCGAGGGAACAGGAGGAGAGGAAGGGGAGCGUGGGAUAA